AUGCACAAGGUCUGCUCAGGUCGCCAUGUCCAUUUGCGAUGGGGUCCCAUCAAAUCCAAGCAGGGCUGGUCUUUCGCCACGUCGCAGGAGACUGCGUACCCUCCUGAGUUCUGUAAGGCUGUCGCCCAGGACAUCGCUAUAGCCUUGCAGAAAAAGGGGUUCUCUCUAACUCAGGAGCCUGAGGCUACUCAGGCCUCGCACGCCGCCAUUGCAGCGCAGAAACAGCCUCGCAAAGGUCGUGGACCCGUAGGUCCCUCGCAGUAUGCCACAAAAGUGGCCGUCACCAUCCCGGCCGUGGAUCCGCCGCAGGAGAUACCAACCAAGGCGCCGCAGGGCCUCCAGGGUAUCCCCAUAGGAUCCAAGUUGCUGUGGAGUCGCGAGGUCUUAAAAGGGGGGUCUUGGGUUCGCGAGGUUGAGUAUGGGGUCUUCCGCACGCCAGAAGUCUUUCUUGAAAAAUCUUUGAAAAUGGCCCAUCCCUUUGAUUCACCCGUGUCAAUGGAUGCACCUAAUAUGAGAGCUAUUGCAACCAUACUGUCCGAAGGAGUCGAAGGGAUAAAGGCCAAGAGGAAGGCAGCGCUUGACUAUUACUGUGCAAGAAAGGUCGCCCUUCAAAAGGACGAGCUGGCGCUCAAAGCCAAAAUGCACCCUGACGUUAGGGGGGUGACGCAGCCAAAAAACCUUCUUCUUUUCAAAGAGAUGCUGAGAGAUGCUUGUGUGGGCGAUGACAAUCUGUUUCAUGAUCUUACAUCGGGUUUCCGCAUCACAGGCGAGCUGGAGCCAUCGGGGCAAUUUCCUCCCAAAUGCAGGGUGGCGGCCUUGUCAGUGGCUGAUCUUCGGAAGACGGCGAAAUGGGCGAAACACUUGGUUGCGUCAUCAUGCCGCAGAGCGGCCAAGGAUAAAGCCGUGGCUAAGGCUGUGUGGAAGGAAUCCCUCGACCAAGUCCAGAGGGGGUGGCUUCGCGGACCAUUCAGUUCUUCGGAGAUUGAUGCACGGCUUGGCCCCGAAUGGGUAGCGUCAAAGAGGUUCGGCGUAAUACAAGGCGAGAAAAUCCGAGCAGUGGAUGACCUGUCCGAACACAUGGUCAACUCUACUGUCUCCGAGUCGGAGAAGAUCGUUCUCGAUGGAGUCGACGAAAUUUUGGCAGUGGCACGCUUUUUCGGAGGAGCGACCACCGGAGGAGUGCCAGAAUUCAAGAUCCCAGCACCGGAUGGCAGCGUGUUUAGAGGACGGCUGCACGAUGACUUCCGAAAGGGUAGAGGCUCCUACGUGGAAGGGCUUUGGAUCUUAAAAGACAGGUGGGCGUCGGUGCUCGCGGUAUUGGAUGUUGAUCGUGAUUGCGUCAUGUUUUUCGAAUCUUUGGCGCUGCCGUUCGGCGCGACAAGCUCAGUCACAGGCUUCAAUAG